GUUUGGAAAAUGGACAGUUAGGCAAAUUUGUGAGGUUACUCUUUAAAAACCUCGGCUGGUAGCUUUGAUUUGUGCCUAGUUCUUAUAACCAUGGGUUCUUCAACACUACAGAAGCCUUGAAGUAUUGGUCCUAUUUCCAAGGGAUCGCAAAUAUGCAAUUUGUUCGAAAGCUUGUUGGUAGACCCGGCCGAGCGGUUUCGAACAUUCAUCAAUCGAGCGAAGACGAAGCACUAUCGUUGCGACAUUUACGAAAGCUUUUUAUGGAAUUCCUUCAUUCACCUGUGCCACUGACUGUUCGUGAACAAGAGACUAAGCUGUAUAUGAUGCUGCCUUUGUUUUGCAAGGUGUUCGGCCUUGCUAAACCGAGUAGUAUGACAGAGAAAUUUGGAGAUGUUUGUCAAUUUGCGGCACACGUCUCUCGACUCAUGGUGAACGAAAUUCGACGAAGAGCAGCGAAUCAACAAAACGAAGCAGCUAGUAGAAUGAUUAUUGAAUUCCUUAUGCGUGAUUCUGCGGAGGAUACUGUAUCGGGAUGGACUCUGUUGAACACGCUACAUAUUCUUGCUUCGGCAGAUACCCCAGUAGUGGAAUGCAUGGUAGCUGCGAGUCUACCGUCAAACAUGGUUAAAUGUCUUUACUUAUUCUACGAUUUACCUCCUAUUGAACAAUCUAGUGACAAGAGCAGUGAAGAUCUCGAAGAUGAUGCUUUAACAAUUCAAAAAUUGUACACUCAAGUACUGGUUAAAUUAUGCAAUUAUUAUGCGACUUCCCGGGAACUUGUCCACACAGACGAUCUGGCGUUGCUCUUUACUGCAAUAUCGUGCCCGAUCCCGAAACACAAUGCUCAGUGGCGAAGCUGUGUGUCGGAAAUUCUAAUGACUUUAACUCGCCAUGGUUUGGACCGAGACGUCGUCCAUUAUAUUCACAGCAAGUCAUGCUUUGCACAAUGCCUGAUGAACAUGCGAAAAAUCCAGGAAGUGAAUCCUUUGGAGUUGGUAGAAAUGAUUGUAACACUGGUUUGUUGUCUGAAAGACUCGUCAGCAAUUUCUCAUUAUUUAUUGGCUGAUUUUCGAAGUUGUCAUGGCUACCUGUUCUUGUCAGAACUGCUGUUAAUGCUGGGAGAGAUGACGGGAAGUGAAGCGCGCGAAGCUUGCAGGAAUGUUGUUCUUGUUGUGUCAUCGCUCGUCAUGAUUGGUCAUGUGACACUGAGACCUCUGGUCAGUAUUGGUGCUCCAUUCCAGGAUCCCACAUUUGAAAUCCCAGAGCCAACUGGUGGAGGAAGUAGUGUCAGAAACAUUGAAGCUUUCCAAGUUCUACAAACUGUUUUCCUGAAGACAACAGACAAGCUCCUCUGUCUAAAUAUCCUGGAUUGUAUCAACAACAUCUAUUGCUCAGACAAUGCAAAUUUUUUCAUUCUGGAACCACAGCAUACAUUAUCAUUAUUUGUUGAAAAAGCUCCGGAGAAGGACAUUGAAGUGCAAGAGAGAAUAUUCAAAUUACUGGAGCUGGUGAUUUGUAAUCUCAACUGGGUACCAUGCCCUGAGCUUAUCUCUGUCAGCAUUCUUUACAAGAACAAGAAGGUCUCUGGCUGUCAUCAAGGUGCUCUUUGUUUCCUUAUUCGCAUUCUGAGCUUUGAUCCCAAGUAUAAAGAUGUCUUCAGGGAUGUAGGAGUUCUAGAAGUACUGACAAAUUGUCUUAAGCAGUAUGCUGAUGGCUUGAAGGAAACAUACGAUGAAACAGUCAAGACAGCUGUUAGCCAGCUGGAUGUGAAUGGCUAUGAUGAUUCUGAAAAUGUUCCUGAUUAUCCAUUCCUGCUAAUGGGCUGUCUUAGACUACUCUUGGAAAAUAACCCCAAAAACGCCACGAUGUUCCGGGAAUGUGGAGGAGCUCGCUGUGUCCAUAACAUUGUGCCAUACUCCAGCUCAAGGACAGAGUCUUUGAAGAUCAUCAGAGAGUUGAUUCUAAGUGGUGGAAACGAUGAUCUGGGCACUCUCCUUGGCUUGAUGCACUCCACUCAGCAGUCAGAAGUGAAGCUUAAAACUGAUGUGUUAGAUGCACUGCUGAAAGUGUUUGAUCUUGAUCCCAGAACAAGAGCUGUGUUUCGUGAAGUUGGAGGAUUUGUGUACGUCAUGUCAGUCUUGAUAAACAUGGAAGGAAGUCUGGCAGAUCCAGUAAAUCCUGCAUGGACAGAUGUAAACCGGGAACAGAUUCUUGUCCUGUUGCGGACAGUGUUUCAUGUUUUGACAGCUGCCAUUCAAGAUGAUCCUGCCAACAAGAACUUCAUGGAUGAGAUCCGAUUCAGGGGGCUCUCAGACACAAUUCGCUUACUGGGUUGCUUUUCAAUGGACAUCAUUGAUGUUCCAUCAUAUUGUGUGGGUGAGGAACAGAAGAAGUGGACACUUUGUGAAAGACGGUUUUCCCAGUCGCUCCAACACCUACCGCUGACCACCAGGUCCAGUGUGGACUCAGUCCGAUCAUCAGUGACAUUAGUUUUUGAAGGUACUUUGGAUCUUGAUCCAUGUUCGGUGCUUUAUGCAGCUAACGAGAUGUUCAAGAACCUUUUUGACAUGGCUACAGAUUCGUUUGGUUUAAAAAGUGGGAACAUUUUACCAGUGGAUUCAUCUGGGACACAAACAGGGCGAAAUGGCACUGGCAUUGCAUAUAUUUAUCAUGCUGGUGCAGUAACAGCCGCUGUUGAUCUUCUUCCAGCUGUUUCAGAAAUGAAUGGCACUGCUACAUCAGAG